AUCGUCCUGGACCGGACGGGUUGUCGUAGCAGGCGAAGCAAGCCGGGCGGGCAGCCGCGGUCGGACCGGGUGUGUUUGUGUGCGCGCUCGUGCCCUCCGGUGUGUGUGUGUGAGUGAGUGUGUGUGUGCGGGUGCAUUGGCGCGUGUAAGCGUGUGUGGAUAGCGAGAGCGGAAUCGAAGCGGCCGACUCACUCGCCGAGUGGACUUGACUUUGACCGCCUCGCGGCCGACCUGCAGCAGCACCGGGUCCAGCUCUCAGGAGCAGCAUGACGCGUGCCGCCCUCUUAGUCCUGGUUAGCGCGGUCGUGAGCGCGGCCGCCGCCCAGCGGACGCCCGCCGCCGCCAGCCAGGGCGUCAUCGAGUACUCGUUCCCGCGCUCUCGAACUCCCAUCGAGACUGCACUGAACCCCGCCUGGCGGGUGGGCAACGUCCUGACGCAGCGCCUGUUUGGCGGCGGCAGCGCGGCCCCGCAGACCGUCACGGCGCUGCGAGUGCGCAAGAAUCUGCAGGGCAGCGACGGCCGCAGCUUCCCGUGCAACGUGACGCUGGCCAGGUCGGCGACCAGGCCCACCUCCGUCCACCGGCUGCGGCCCGGGGACGUGGACGUGGUGGCCUCCAUGGGGGACUCGCUGACCGCCGCCAACGGCGCCAUGGCGCUCAACGUUCCGCAGGUGACCAACGAGAACCGGGGCUUGUCCUGGUCCGGGGGCGGCCAGGGCACGUGGCGGGAGUACCUGACCCUGCCGAACAUCCUGAAGGAGUUCAACCCGGCGCUGGUGGGCUACUCUCUGAAGGACUCGCGCGCCUUCCAGAAGGCCUCGGUGUUCAACGUGGCCGAGAUCAACUCGAUGAGUCAGGACCUCCCUUGGCAGGCGAGCAACCUCGUCAAACGAAUGCGGUCCGACCCUCGCGUGGACCUGCAGCGAGACUGGAAGGUCAUCACGAUCCUCGUGGGUUCCAACGACUUCUGCUCCGACAUGUGUUUCCGGAAGGACCCGGAGUCCCUCCCCGAGCAGCACCGCCAGGACCUCAGAGAGUCCCUGCGGAUCCUCAAAAAGCACCUACCUCGAACCUUCGUGAACCUCGUUACCCAGCCGGACCUGGGCCGCAUCCUGACCACCAUGAAGAACACCUCGCCGUUCUGCGAGCUGCUGCGGCGCUUUGCGUGCUCCUGUCUGUACGGCGAGCCCACCAAACCAAUUCGCGGCCGCAUGAGGAAGAUCAUCGAACGUUACAUCCAGGUGGAGUGGGAGAUGGGCGAUGACCCAGAGUUUCAAACCGACGAUUUUGCACUGGUGGUUCAACCGUACACGUACAAGCUAAACUUUCCGAUGAAGAACGAGAAUGCCACAGACUUUAGCUACCUGGCUCCAGACUGCUUCCACUUCAGCCAGCGGGGAUACGCCCGAGCCGCCAACGCCGUGUGGAACAACAUGCUGGAGCCCGUGGGACGCAAGUCCACCGACUGGACGGACAUUUUCGAGCGCUUCCUCUGCCCCACCGAGGAGCACCCCUACCUCUACACGCGUGGAAACAGCUAGUGCGAGGCAGCCAGCCCAGGAGAGGGAUGGCGAUGUCCCCAGGACCCGGGCGAAAUGGGAUUUCGACCAGCCCACUCGCGCGAAGCGGAAGUGGCAGUUUUCCGCGCCGAUGAGGACUCCGGUUCACCCUUCCAUCUCCACCUCCCCUUCCGCGCCACUUCGGCGUGAAGUGAUUCUGCAAUUGUGAUAUAGAGUACAUCGUGCGUGUGUGUGAAUAAGUGAUUGGCAACAAACAAGUUUUAAGAGACGCAUCGGCACCGCGUCUUUCUGAUAUUUUGCUCAGUGCUAAAGUACAACUUGUCCAAUUGUGAUUUUAUGUGUUUACUCUCCGAAAUGGAGAGGAAAUAUUAGCCCUGUCCUUGGUUUUUCGCUAAGGCAGAAAUUAAGACUGAAAAAAAUUAUAAUUUUAAACAUUUUUCUAGUAAGUAGUGCCUUUUGGAUGCUAUCGUUUAUAAUACUUUUCACUCUGAAUCGUAUUUGUUUCCGCUGCGGCCAAGUUAGUUAAGUAUUUAUCCUAAUACUGCGAUUACAAUAUGAACGCACUUACUUUUUGAUUCCUCCUCUACAUUCGUAUUUUACGUUUCUGUGUGAUAAUUUAUUUUACUUUUUGUAAAAAUAGGACAGAUGGCAGUUUAACGAUGAGUUCCCCGCAACUCGCGCCAUCUGUGUUCAAAACUCAUAAUAAACGAACGAAGACGUAGCAUAAA